AUGAUAAUUAUUGAGGACGAGACACUCCUGGACGAGAAGGAGCCGCUCUCCGAGGAUGGCAACCUCGUCCUACCUCUCCCUGUUCCGCCUGGAGGCCCCCAGACGGUUAACGUACAGUUACCUCCGAUGAGCGCGUGGAUGGCAAAGCAUCUCAGGCGGUACAGAACAUGGAGAGUUUUUCGGAACGUUGGAUCAAUGUUGGCAGUCGUCGUCGCUACCACCAUCGUGGUAUUUCUAGCCAUACAUUUGGCCCAAUAUAAGAUUGUCCCAGCCAUUUCUCCCCCCAGAAAGUAUUCUUGGGAUUACCGACCGCACGGCAGGAAGAGAUACGAAUAUCCCUUGGGCAUGGGCCCGCCUCCCGCUACGGAUCCCCCGGAUCUUUCACAUAUCCCACCACCCCGAAUACCUCCAGCGGAGGAUGGCCUUGGGAUCAAUUGGGGUUCACCCACGUUAUGCAAUUCUUCUGAAGCCAUAUUCACAGUCGACAACCCUCUUCGUUACGCCUUGAACGACACAGAAAUAUUAUCUAUCCAAGUGUUGGGUCCUGUCAAUGGGACAGUGCGAGUGGAAGUCGCGGACGGUCUCAUGCCUGAAGUGGCAUUGGCUGUAGAUGGGGCAGCUGAUGGCUUGAACGCAUGUUUACUGGAUAAUGAGGGACCACACCAAGGAUUGGGGAUUUGGACACAGCCGUACACAUUGUCGAAGGAUGGCACUGGUUUGGUCAAGCCAAAGAACUUCACCGAGUCCUCCCUUGGAGGAGAGCUCCAAAUCACUCAUACUGUGGACAUCGUCAUGCGAUUACCCCAGAACGCGUCAGUGAGGACUCUUGACGUCUGGAUUCCCUACAUGGGAUUCGAAAUCUCGCAUCCAGCGGACGCCUUCAUGUUCGAUGACGUGGUCAUCACCGCCGGCGGAAAUCUGAUUAUGCAGGGAUUGCAAUCACAGAAUAUUUGGGCGACUACCGGGCCUGCACCUAUUCAGGGAAACGUUUCUGCAGCAGCCACCUAUCUGGCCUCGGAUCUCGGUGAGAUCUGGGCGAACAUCACCGUCGCCGAACCUCAAAAUGGUACGGUGCCAUCCAUAACUCUAACUACCUGCAAUGCAAGCAUAAAUGCGAAUAUUGUUAGACCUUUACCUGGUAUGCAGGUAAAAGCACGGACUUCCAAUGCACCUGCAGAUGUUUCCUAUUCUUUUUGA